AUGUCCGACGUUUCUGAUACUGAAGUUAGGUUUAGAUUGGAUUCAGCCCAAUUGUAUUUAACAUAUACAAAGUGUGACCUUGAUCAUGAAGAUAUACUUAAUUAUGUUAAAUUUCAAUGUGAAAGUAAAAAGAAAAAUGUAAAAAAUUAUCUUAUAGUACGAGAACCUAACAAUAAUGAAAUUCACGCAUAUUUUCAGCUUGAUUUGAAACUCUGCAUAAGAGAUCCCCAUUUUUUCGAUAUUGAUAUGAUUUGUUAUAAUAAACUAUAUCGUCCAAGUAUAGAAGGAGUUCGUUCUCCAAAAAAAGUAAUGGGAUAUCUUAUUAAAAGUAACGAUUAUAUUUCUAAUAUGGCAAUCGAUACUUUGGAUAAGGCUAUUAAUAUGAUUAGUUCAGGAAAAACUAUGGGUGAAAUUGCGGCCGAAUGUCCAAAAACUUAUGUCUCCCAUCAUGGAGGUUUAGAAAAGUUAAAGGCUCGUGUUGACGAAAAAGAACAUAAAUUUAAAGGAAAACCAUUUGUAGAAGUGCAUUAUGGUGAUAAAAAUUGCGGGAAAUCAAGCUAUACUGAAUUAUAUUCUGACGAUAUAGCUUAUAGACUUGAUGAUAUAGGAUAUUUUGAUGGAUAUGAUGGUCAAGAAAUAUUGAUAUUUGAUGAGUUUAACGGAAAUCAAGUAGCAUUGGAUGUGUUUUUAAAAAUUACAUCUGGACAACAAAGACAACUUAACGUUAAAGGCAAAAAGGUUAUAAAUAAAGUUCGCCAUGUUAUUGUUACUAGCAAUAAACAUCCUAAGGAAUGGUAUAAAAAAAAUAAAUAUAAUGAGGAACAGUCAGAUUGGAGGCUUGACUGUAUUUGGAAAUAUAUUAAAAAUGGAAAGUCUUUCUCUCAAAGAAAGAUCAAACGCAACCCAUAUACAUUUACACAAAAGAAACGAAUUCUUAACUAUUUAAAAAAGAUAGAUUAUCCAAAAAAAUUUCCGGAGUCUUUAAGUCAUGACGAAAAAAUAUUUGUUGAAGGAUAUAUGGACAUCCCUUAUAAUCCAAAAUUUGAUGAAGAUUCUUCUGAUGACGAGUCUUCAGGAGUUGUAGUUCAUAAUAAGUUCUCUGAAAAUCAUAAACGUAAAGGUGAUGAUGAGAUUUAUAAACAGUUUGAUCAUGAGAAUAGGAAUCAUCCGUGUUACAAACUUUUAAAAACAUCACUUCGAAAAUUGUGA